GUAGCUUUGAAAAGCUUUAGGACUUCCAGAUCAGACUUCACUUCACAGCUGACAGAGCAGGAACAGAAAAACAAGUUCUGACACCUGUUGAAUCUUCACACGAUAAACGAUGACGACACAUAAAGAAGUCCUUCUGCAGACCUUGGAGGACUUGGGAGGUGAUGACUUCAAAAAAUUCAAGUGGAUACUGAGUCAGAAGGGGGCCCUGGAGGGUUUCCCAUCAAUCCCAACAAGUCGGCUGGAGAACGCAGACAGGCUGGACACAGUCGAUCAAAUGUUCCAGACCUACUCAACCAACACCAUUAAAGUUACUAAAAUGGCUUUGGUGAAGAUUGACAAAAAUGAUCUGCUGAAAAAUUUGAAAGACACAACCUCAGAACCCACAGAGAUUCAGAGAUUGUGUCAGCACAAGUUCAAGUCAAAUCUGAAGAAGAGGUUACAGUGUGUGUUUGAGGGGAUCACUAAAGCAGGAAACAAAACAAUUCUGAAUCAGAUCUACACAGAGCUAUACAUCAUAGAGGGAGGGACUGCAGAGGUCAGUAAUAAACAUGAAGUCACUCAGAUUGAAACAGCAUCCAGGAAACUAGACAGACCAGAAGCAACAAUUAGACAGGAAGCCAUCUUUAGAGCCUCACCUGGAAGAGAUGAACCAAUCAGAACAGUGCUGACAAUGGGAGUGGCUGGCAUUGGGAAAACAGUCUUAGCACACAAGUUCACUCUGGACUGGGCUGAAGGAAAAACAAACCAGGACAUCCAGUUCAUGUUUCCAUUCACUUUCAGAGAGCUGAAUCUGCUGAAAGAGGAAAAGUUCAGCUUGGUGGGACUUGUUCAUCACUUCUUUACUGAAACCAAAGAAGCAGGAAUCUGCAGCUUUGAAGGCUUCCAGGUUGUGUUCAUCUUUGAUGGUCUGGAUGAGUGUCGACUUCCUCUGGACUUCCACAAAACUAAAAUCCUGACUGAUGUUACAGAGUCCACCUCAGUAAAUGUGCUACUGACCAACCUCAUCAGGGGGAAAUUGCUUCCCUCUGCUCACCUAUGGAUAACCACAAGACCUGCAGCAGCCAAUCAGAUCCCUUCUGACUGUGUUUGUAUGGUGACAGAGAUCAGAGGGUUCACUGACCCACAGAAGGAGGAGUACUUCAGGAAGAGAUUCAGAGAUAGGGAGCAGGCUGGCAGGAUCAUCGCCCACAUUGAGACAUCACAAAGCCUCCACACAAUGUGCCACAUCCCAGUCUUCUGCUGGAUCACUGCUACAGUUCUGGAGAAUUUCCUGAAAACCAGUGAGGGUCGAGAUUUACCCAAGACUCUAACUGAUAUGUACAGCCACUUCCUGGUGCUACAAGCUAAAGGGAAGAAGGGCAAGUCUAAUGGCGGAGCUGACAGAGAUUCAUGGUGGAGUCCCGAAAUCAGGAAGAUGAUUGAGUAUCUGGGAAAACUGGCCUUUGAUCAGCUUCAGAAAGGAAACCUGAUCUUCUAUGAAUCAGACCUGACAGAGUGUGGCAUCGAUAUCAGCGAUGCCUCAGUGUACUCAGGAAUGUUCUCACACAUAUUUAAAGAGGAGAGAGGACUGUACCAAGACAGGGUGUUCUUCUUCACCCAUCUGAGUGUUCAGGAGUUUCUGGCUGCUCUUUAUGUCCAUCUGACCUUCAUCAACUCUGGAGUCAACCUGCUUAAAGAAAAAACAUAUCAGUUGUCUAAAGUUUUCAGAAACAAACAUACAGUUAAACAGUUUUACAAGAGUGCUGUGAAGAAGGCCUUACAGAGUCCAAAUGGACACCUGGACUUGUUCCUCCGUUUCCUCCUGGGUCUUUCAAUGCUGAACAAUGAGAGUCCCUCACAAGGCCUGCUAACACAGACAGGAAGUAUCUUACAGAAUAAUCAGGAAACAGUCCAGUACAUCAAGAAGAAGAUCAAUGAGAAUCUGUCUGCAGAGAAAUGCAUCAAUCUGUUCCACUGUCUGAAUGAACUCAAUGAUCGUUCUCUAGUGGAGGAGAUCCAACAGUCCCUGAGAUCAGGAAUUCUCUCCACAGAUAAACUGUCUCCUGCUCAAUGGUCAGCUCUGGUCUUCAUCUUACUGUCAUCAGAAAAAGAUCUGAACGAGUUUGACCUGAAAAAAUACUCUGACUCAAAUUCAGAGGAAGCUCUUCUGAGACUGCUUCCAGUCGCCAAAGCCUCCAAGAAAGUGCUGCUGAGGGGUUGUAACCUCUCAGAGAGAAGCUGUGAAGCUCUAGCCACAAUCCUCAGCUCCCCAUCCAAUAAUCUAAAAGAGCUUGACCUGAGUGAAACCAGUUUGCCAGAUUCAGGGAUGAAGCUACUUUCCUCUGGACUGAUGAGUACACACUGUACUUUAGACAGUCUCAGUUUAAGGAGUUGUAAUUUGUCAGAAAUCAGCUGUAAUUCUCUGGGCUCAGCUCUGAAGUCCAACUCCUCAUAUCUGAAAGAGCUGGAGCUGAGUUCCAAUGACCUACGGGAUUCAAGAGUGGAGCAACUCUGUGGUUUUCUGGAGAGUCAAAAAUGCAGACUGGAGACUCUGAGUUUAUGGAACUGCUGCUUGUCAGAGAUCAGCUGUGCUCUUCUGGGCUCAGCUCUGAAGACUAAUCCUGCAUAUCUGAGGGAACUGGACCUGAGUAAAAACAAUCUACAGGAUCCAGGAGUGAAUCAACUGUGUGGUUUUCUGGAGAGUCCACAUUGUAGAUUGGAGACUCUGAGAAUGGAUCAAACAUCGGCCACCUCCUCUAUAUGGAUGGAUCUGUAGCAAUGACAUUGGAAUGUCAUUUGGACUGGAAAAGGGUAGUCGGAUAGUAUCCAACAGAAGAAAGGUAGUCAAAAUGGAAGGAACUGCACUACCAGAAGGCAACACAGCAGACACUGAGGACAUCUACUUGUACCUUGGAAUCCCAAAGGCAAAUAGGAACCAUGAAGGGGCUGCAAGGAAAACAACGACCACCAAUACAAUAAGGCAAAUGCUGAGGGGUCAGGAAGAUUAACGUUCAACACCUACAUCCUGCUAGUCAUCAGAGACCCUGCAAAGAUAAUAAGCUGGCCAAAGGAGAAGAUAGAAGCUACUGGCAUCAAGACAAGCGCCUUACCAUGCAUUGAGACCUAAGGAGCUUGGAAGAAAGUGACUUGGCUUUCUUCUAAAGACUUUGCAAAGAUGUUUCACCUCACAUCCAAUAUGCUUCUCUUGUAAAACCAAAUGGUAGAGUCCCAUGUAUCUAUUUAAACCCCAGUGGGAGCUGGCCCUUAAGAGGUUCAUGACCCUCUCAUGCGCCUCAUCACAUAAGCCAAGGUAUAAAAAACAGCAUGGGUCAUUAGCACUAGAGGUUUUGGGUGAAACCACUGUGAGACCUUAUCUCCCUAUCAUGUGGGGAGUGAGUGGGGACUGAGGCACCUGGGAAGGGAUCUCAAAACUGCAUUGUAGGUGGCAGACAGUUUUAAGCCACUCUCUCUGUUCAAUGAGUUUCAGUCACAGUGCAUGUAAAUCCUGUUUCACUGCUCUUACAAACUCUCUGUCCAAAAUGUGAACAUUAGCAUCUUCAAAAGAGUGACUUUUAUCCUUUAGGUUCAAAUGUUAAGCUUAGUCUUUUCCUGUCGAUGUUGCCCUUCUGUUGUGGUAUGUGUUUAUGGAGGGGCUGUUUGGUUUCUCCAGUGAAGAGGUCUGAGCACUCCUCACUGCACUGCACAGCAUACACUACGUUGUUUAGUUUGUGUUUGGGAGUUUUGUCCUUUGGAUAAACCAAUUUUUGUCUGAGUGUGUGGCUGGGUCUGAGGUCCACUGGUAUAUAGUGAUUGGAGAAAAUUUCUCUGACAAACCUGCUACAUAAGAGGUGACAGUGCUGUUCCAUUUGUUACUGUUUCGCUUUAGUUGGUGUCUGACCAGGACAAGGGUCAGUUGUGCAUCAGCACCAAAAGGGUAACGGUCACUUUUUAUUGGAUGCCAAUUGUUACGGUCGUGGGUUGCUAGGAGGUUUUCCCUGUUGGAGAUUGGCUGUGUUUUUUUUCCUUCUUUCUCUCCCUCCCCUCUCCCUCUUCCUGCCCUGUCUUUCAGGUUCCAGGUGCCACGGCUGAGUAGCGUUAUGGCUCGUUAGCCACAGGAUAAAAAAGGCUGCAUUCUGUAGGCUUCAGUCGUUUGAAGUUUCACUUUACUAGACUUGUGUAAACUGAAUCUGAAUUUUCAGCUCGAAGCAAACUAUAAAACACUGAAGAAUUUCAAGCACAUAAUCUAAUAAACUUUAAUCUUUUAUUUAUUAUUCAGACUGGAGAAUUGCAGGUUAUCGGAGAUCAGCUGUCUGGGCUUAGCACUGAAGUCCAAUCCCUCCAA